AUGGAAGAGUUCGACGAAUACAAGAACCCCCUUACGAAGAGGUAUGGUAGUCGUGAAAUGGUUACUAACUUUGGCGAGAAACGAAAAGUAAUACUUUGGAGACAACUUUGGAUAUGGCUUGCCGAAGCGCAAAAAGAAAUGGGAUUCGACAUUACUGAUGAACAAAUUAAUGAGAUGAAAAGCCAGCGAGAUUUCAUUGAUUUUGAGACUGCUGCAGCUGAAGAGAAAGCUCGACGCCAUGAUGUGAUGGCACAUGUAUACACUUAUGCUAUGGCAUGCCCAAAAGCUUCAGCAAUCAUCCACCUCGGUGCCACAUCCUGCUUUGUUGGUGAUAAUGCUGACCUCAUUAUGUUCCGUGAUGCCAUUAACAUACUUCUACCGAAAACUGCUAGGUGUAUAGAUCGAUUGGCUAAGAAGGCAUUGUUACACAAGAAUCUAAUUUGUCUUGCUCGUACUCAUCUCCAAGCUGCUCAACCUACCACCAUGGGUCGUCGAAUAUGUAUGUGGAUUCAAGAUCUCCUAAUGGAUUUAGAAAACUUGGAGAGACUGAAGAAUCAUACAUUGCGUUUUCGUGGUGCUAAAGGUGCUGUAGGAACGCAAGCCUCUUUUCUAGAUUUAUUUCAAGGUGAUCAUGAAAAGGUUAUUAAACUAGAUAAACUUAUCACAGAAAAGGCGGGAUUUCAGCGAUCAUGGAGUGUGACUGGUCAAACCUACCCUCGAAAAGUAGAUAGUGAGAUAGUUAGUGCAUUGGUCAGUUUGGGUGCUACCGCUCAUAAGAUAUGCACAGAUAUACGACUGUUGAGUAGUUUCAAAGAAAUUGAAGAACCGUUUGAAACGAGCCAGAUUGGCUCAAGUGCUAUGCCGUAUAAACGUAAUCCUAUCCGAUCGGAAAGAGUAUGCGCCUUAGCACGUUAUCUAAUGAAUCUGUCUGCUUCUUUAGUGUCUACUGCUUCUGUUCAGUGGCUUGAACGCUCGUUGGAUGAUUCAGCCAUUCGUAGAAUUGUUCUUCCCGAGGCUUUUAUUGCAGCAGACGCAUGUCUCAUUUUACUGCAAAACAUAUUUGAAGGAUUAAUAGUGUAUCCAAAGGUUGUGGAGGCUAAUCUAAUGACUGAACUUCCUUUCCUUGUUGUCGAGCGUAUCUUAGUUAAAAUGGUGUCUGAUGCAGCAGCUGAUCGGCAAGAAUGUCAUGAACGCCUUCGUAAGCAUUGUCAUGAGGCUGCUGUAGAAAUCAAGCUUCAGGGUAUGAAAAAUAGUCUUGUGGAGAAAUUAUUAGGUGAUGAAUAUUUUGCUAAAAUACACUCGGUACUUCCUGAAAUAUUGGAUCCCAAAAAUAUGAUAGGCCGUGCGCCUGAACAGGUUGAUAUAUUUUUAAAUAGUGAAGUAUAUCCUGCACUACAUCCGUACAAGGAUAAUAUGGAAGUGAAGAGCAAUAUAACAAUAUAG